AUGGAGCCCGAAUCAUCCCCAACCGAACCAUUUCCCCUUGGAAACCGGGUGAUUCACGCCAACAUACAAUCCGUCGAGCCUGAAGGACCCAGCACCAACGACGACGGUUCCCCCGCAAACUCCCAGAACUUCCUGUCUAAUGAGCAGAAGAAGGCGCGGAAUGCAUCCUCCGAGAUGCAACUCUGGUGGGAUGAAGCCAUAGCAAAGAACAUGAAUCUUCCGGCCUAUUAUCGGAAUGUUUCUGUCCUGAUAAUCAAGUGGAGCGACGAGCUGGACGAGUUAAAGACAGGUGCAGAGGUUAUCGAGCUCGACACCCUUUUUCGCGACUCCUUCCAUUACAAAACGCGCAUCGUAGAACUGAACGUGCGGAAGAAGCCUCAACAUCAGCUCAACCGUCAUAUCAGCGCCUUCGUCGAGGAGAGCGAUGGCCCGGAUAAUCUCAUGAUUGUAUAUUAUACGGGCCACGGCGUAUACAGAGAACACGGGAAAUACCUGGAGCUGACGGCUACUACGAAUCUAAGCGUGAAAAGAGGACUUAAUAUCGCCGCGCAGGCCAAUUGGGAUAAGGCUGAAGAAGCUCUUCGCGACGAAAAUGUUGAUGGAGAUGUUCUCACCAUCCUCGAUACCUGCUUCUCUAGCAAUCUAACCAAGUCAGCGAAAGAGGACACAAGGACAUAUGAGCUGCUCAGCGCCUGCGGAUUGGAUGGGACAACGGCGAGUCCCGGCGAGAACUCUUUCACACGAGCUCUGAUAGACUCUAUGAAAGAGCUUCUGGUGGAGUUCCCAGAUCGAUCCUUCACGACCUUUCACCUAACCCAACGAAUCAAUCUACACCCGAACCGCCGAGACACUCUCUCUGUCUUAUGGAAUAGGCUGAGGCAUCAUGAGCGCCACAUCCGUCUCUGCCCGCUCAAACCAGAAAGCGACCAGACACGCAAACGUCGGCCACCUCCUGGCGGUUACCUCACGUUGAGGUUUGCUAUACGCGACGAGAAGCUCAAUUGCGAGCAAAUUCAGCUGCUAACACGACACCUCUCAGAAGCUUUCAACAACAAAGCUAUGAUUGGGGUGCGUAGUAUCGAUUGGAUGGGCAUAAAACCAGCCCGAGUGCGGCACUUCAGGCGCGCUGCGCUGGCCCUCCAAGCUUGCCAACAAUGGAAGAAUAUCGUUAGACGGAAACGGCUUCACAGGAUGCAACAGCACCCAACACCUGAAUCUGACAGCAGCUUCCUGGGGCCAAAUCGGAAACGAACGCGAGAUGACAUGUCCGUUGAGCCGGUUGACGAACGGGAGUCGAAAAGAGACAAGCUUUCUCACUACCCAAGGGGGAAAUGCCCUAUGAUCAGUCCUUUGACUCCACCGUCAUAA